GACCUCAGAGUCCCUCAGAAACAUGGUUGCGGAGCGUUCUUCCGGAAGCGGUCACGGGCAUCUUCGUGACGCACGAGUUACAGCGUCCCGUGGGGUUUCCAUGGUGCAGCUCUCGGCCCCCAGUUCCUCCGCUUCCUCUCCUGCCUGAACGCCGUGGACAAGAAGGCAGGCGCCGGGUCCCGCCCGCGACGGAGACACCACCUGGCGGGGAAGAGUUGGGCGAGCAGGUGACGCUCUAGGCGAGCUCGUUCUCGUCUCUAUGGUGCCGAGCGCUCCUUUGCGCCUCUCCCGCGCGUCGGGGCGGACGUUGCCCCUUUAAACGGCGGAGGGCGGUGCCGAGGAGGUCCCGCGAGAGCAGCGGGGGGCGGGGGGCGGUGCCGAGGCUGGGGGCCCGUGGCGGAUGGAGCCCGCGAUGGAGCCGGAGACUCUGGAGGCGCGAAUCAACAGAGCCACAAAUCCCCUGAACAAGGAGCUGAAUUGGGCCAGCAUCAACGGCUUCUGCGAACAGCUCAACGAGGACUUUGAGGGGCCUCCACUUGCCACCCGGCUGUUGGCUCACAAGAUCCAGUCACCACAGGAGUGGGAGGCGAUCCAAGCCCUGACGGUGCUGGAAACAUGCAUGAAGAGCUGCGGCAAAAGGUUCCAUGACGAGGUGGGCAAAUUCCGCUUUCUCAACGAGCUCAUCAAGGUCGUGUCUCCCAAGUACCUGGGCUCACGGACAUCGGAGAAGGUGAAGAACAAGAUCUUGGAGCUCCUUUACAGCUGGACGGUUGGCCUGCCCGAGGAGGUGAAAAUUGCAGAGGCCUACCAGAUGCUGAAGAAGCAGGGGAUUGUGAAGUCCGACCCCAAGCUUCCAGAUGAUGCUACCUUUCCUCUUCCUCCUCCACGACCCAAGAAUGUGAUCUUUGAAGAUGAGGAGAAAUCCAAGAUGCUGGCCCGCUUGCUGAAGAGCUCCCACCCCGAGGACCUCCGAGCAGCCAACAAACUCAUCAAGGAGAUGGUGCAGGAGGACCAGAAGCGGAUGGAGAAGAUCUCAAAGCGGGUGAGUGCCAUCGAGGAGGUGAACAACAACGUGAAGCUGCUGACGGAGAUGGUGAUGAGCCACAGCCAGGGCGGAGCCUCAGCCCGCAGCAGCGAGGACCUCAUGAAGGAGCUGUACCAGCGCUGUGAGCGGAUGCGGCCGACGCUCUUCCGACUGGCCAGUGACACGGAGGACAAUGAUGAGGCCUUAGCCGAGAUCCUGCAGGCCAACGACAACCUCACCCAGGUGAUCAACCUGUACAAACAGCUGGUGAGGGGCGAGGAGGUCAAUGGCGAUGCUGGAGCUGGCUCCGUCCCUGGGAGCACCUCGGCCCUGCUGGACCUCUCCGGCCUGGAUCUCCCUCCUGCGGGCACCACCUACCCAGCCAUGCCCACCUGCCCUGCUGACCCGGCCAGCCCCGAGCAGCCUAGCACCUCAGUUUCCCUGCUUGAUGACGAGCUCAUGUCUCUGGGCCUGAGUGACCCCACACCCCCUCCAGGCCCAAGCUUGGACGGUGCUGGAUGGAACAGCUUCCAGUCCUCUGAUGGCGCAGAGCCCCCAGCCCCGCCUCGGGUCCCUGACACGGACAGCCAGGCCUCCGCGCAGACGUCCCUGCCAGCGAGCAGUGGUCUGGAUGACCUGGACCUCCUGGGGAAGACCCUCCUGCAGCAGUCACUGCCCCCGGAGUCCCAACAAGUGCGGUGGGAGAAGCAGCAGCCGACCCCCCGGCUCACACUUCGGGACCUGCAGAAUAAAAGUAAUUGCAGCUCGCCCAGCUCCGGGGCCACUGGCCUCCUCCACGCUGCGUCCCCCGAGCCCCCCGGGCCUCUGCAGCAGCCCACGACGACUGAGCUCUCGCUGGCCAGCAUCACUGUGCCCCUGGAGUCCAUCAAACCCAGCAGCAUCUUGCCAGUGACGGUGUAUGACCAGCAUGGCUUCCGGGUCCUCUUCCACUUUGCCCGGGACCCGCUGCCCGGGCGCUCCGACGUGCUGGUGGUGGUGGUGUCCAUGCUGAGCACCGCCCCCCAGCCCAUUCGCAACAUCGUUUUCCAGUCGGCUGUGCCCAAGGUCAUGAAAGUGAAGCUGCAGCCGCCCUCAGGCACAGAGCUGCCGGCGUUUAACCCCAUCGUCCACCCCUCAGCCAUCACCCAGGUCCUGCUCCUCGCCAACCCCCAGAAGGAGAAGGUUCGGCUCCGCUACAAGCUCCUCUUCACCAUGGGCGACCAGACCUACAACGAGAUGGGGGAUGUGGACCAGUUCCCCCCACCCGAGACCUGGGGGAGCCUCUAGAACAGGGAGGGGCUGGGCAGAGGAGGGGCAACAGGACUGGGCACCGUCUAGCCUGGGUGGGAGGCUGUGGUGGCCUAGGACACCCUGUGUUCCCAUGGCGAUAUCCCCUGGGCCUGGUGCUUCUCCCCUCACCCCUGCGGCCCCCUCCUUCCUUGCCCCCUCCCCUGCGGAGCUGAACCCAGCGGGAGGCUGGGCCUGGGUUUGCACUGCUGGGGACCUUCGCCACAGGGGGGAGCCUGGAGCAGGGAACAGCUGCGUGGCCCUGGAGGGACUUGGGAUCAUGGGGGAGAAGCAUGGCUGUCGGGCAGGGGCCAGGACCUCAGGCCCAGCCCUGACCCCAGCCUGGGGUGGGGUCAUCCCCACCUGUCUCUUAUGCCUUAUGGGAAGGCCCAGCCAUAACUCGGGGGGCCAUGCUGGCGCAGGAACCAGCUCAGGCCUCCUCCAUAGGAACCGGGUGACUGGUGGGGGGUGACGCCUGCACCCCCAGCUCUUUGCACUCUCUGGUGUGUGGUUUGACUCUGCUUCUCUUUCUCAGUGGCCCUGUGGUCACCAUCUCAGGAGGCCCAGUUGGGGGAGCCCCACCUGUCCCCCACUUCUCGUGGGGGUUUCACUCCACCCGCCUGCCCCCUUUGCCGUCAGGCCUCCUGAGGGGCUGUGGGGGCUGUGACUGCUGGCCCGGAGGUCAUGGCAGACCUGGGUGCCCCGGCUGGGGGCUCCAGGGCCCCUGGCCAAGGGAGGUCCUGCAUUGGAGUUCUCAGUGCGUCUCCUUCAGUCCCUGGCCUCUGCCGGGGCCUCCUGUGGGCGGCUCACCUCUGCCCAUCCAUCUUUCUGUGGGCCGAGUGGGGUCAGUGUGUGAGUGAGAGCAGGAGUAUUUAUGGAAAUAAAACGUCCUUUUCCUGGA